AACUUGCAGAUGUGGAAGAUCUUGGGCUGAGAAUCAGGUGCAGUUGGCAGUGCUUAGGCCAGCUUUGGACCAGGUCCCUGGGCUUGAUCGGAGCUGUGGUUCAUCAUGAGUCGUGGCGAUGGCCGCCGUACAUAUUGUAAAUACAUGAUGGCUGGGCUGAUCACUUUAGUUUCUGUAGUUUAUUUCAGUGCACGUGCUGUCUGGAGGUUUUCUCUGCUGCUGUUGUGGUGAUCCGUCAGUUCCCUCUUUAAUUUAACCAGUUCCUGUAUGUCGACUGUUGAACCGUUUUUGAACACUUAAAUGUUGUUUGGCUUCACCUCUUCUCUCAGAACAGCCAGAAACAUGAGCGACCUUGGAGGAGUCAGCCCGCCCUUCAACCAGUCCUCAGUUACCAGCAAGAUGUCCAUCAACAGUUCCACUCACUGCGAUCAGGUCGACACCUCGGCCCACAUGUUCUUCAUCCUGGUCUACAGUUUGGUGUUUUUGGUAGGCCUGUUCCUGAACGGUUUCACUCUGAAGGUUUACUUCUGCAGAGCUCUGUCUCAGACGUCCAGCAGCGUGACCAUCUACCUGAAGAACCUGGCAGCCGCUGACUUCCUGAUCAGCCUCUGUCUCCCCAUACGAAUCAUCAACUACGCCAGCAGCUCCGUCCCCGUCCGCCAGGCCUACUGCAACUUUGGUGCCUCUGCCUUUUACCUCAACAUGUACGCCAGCAUCCUGUUCAUGGGCUACAUCGCCGCUAACAGGUAUCUGAAGAUCGUCCAUCCUUUAGGAAAUCACAUCCUGCAGACCGUACGGGCCGCUCACAUCAUCUCCACGGUAACCUGGGUUUUCCUCGUGGCCAUGACGUGCACCUAUGUGCUCCUGUCGCUGCUCACCCAGGAUCCAUCUCCGCCUUUCUCCGUCACAGUGAGCUGUGAUGUUCUGCACAGUCCACAGCUCAGCCUGCUCUACAAGAUCAUCCACUCCUUCUCCGUCACCAUCUUCCUGCUCGUCCUCAUCUCCCUGGUCUUCUUCUACUACAGUACCUCCCACAGGUUGUCACUAGCACAGCAGAGGCAGCCGGCAUCGUCCAGCUCCAAGAAACUCGCCAGGUCACGCAGGAACAUGUUGGUGUUGGUCAGCGUCUUCUGUGUUUGCUUUGUCCCUUACCACCUGGUUCGUCUUCCCUACGCCUUCCUGAAGAGGCAGUGCUCGUGGAGCCAGGCGUUCUUCUACCUGAAGGAGCUGACCAUCAUGGUGUCAGUUCUCAACGUCUGCCUGGACCCGCUCAUCUACUUCAUCUUCUGCAAGGCCUUCCGGGCCCAGCUGAGCCUGAGGAGGAUUUUCAGCACCACGCAGGUCACAACGCACGCAGACGAAUCUGAGAGGAGAAACAGCGACUGGCGGAUGAGUAGCAUCAAAAUCAACAGGAAGACAUCACUCAGCGUGACGACAAAGCACAACUGUGUGCUGUAGCUAACGGAGACCAACAGCCAUGACUUGUGUUGUUAAAAUGCACAACAAUUAACAAUUGCAUCGCAACCACAGAUAUAUAGAACACCUGAAAUCUGCAGGAAGAAAAAAAACAGCCGAUAGAGGUUGGCUAUUUCAGAAUCCUGCUUUCUGACCGGUGUCUGAUUCUUUCAGUCAAGGCUUCAUUUCACCAGUUAGCCAAGUUUAAAAAAAAAAAAAAGUUUUAAACAAAAGAAAAGUUCAAUCUUUUGUUGAGAAUUGUUAUCUAAAAUUUCUGCAGUUACAUCUGAAGGGUUUAAGAUAAGAUGCGCCUUUAUUAGUCCCACAAUGGGGAAAUUACAUAAUUUUAAAGUGAAUUCCUCAAAUGUACACGUCUGACUGCUCUGAGAAAGCAGAACAUUACAGAAUAUAGAAAUACAUUUUGUGUGAAGUGUGAGUCGACACCACGAAACUGCAGGAACUUACAGAGAAACCAAACACCACAUUAAGAAGAAGUAUUUUCUUCCCUCUUUGGUUGAAAGCUUCAAAUCUGUUGCGCUGUAGCUCACACAACAGCGAUGUGGAGUACACGUGGUUUGGUAGGAGAGUGAGACACAACAGUGGAAGACGUGGCUCUGAAAUUCACACUGGUUUGUGUGUGAUGAUUUCUAAAAAUCAGUGUCUUUAAAUUGAAGAGUGUAAGAUGUUAAACUUGUUGUUAAACCCACUAAAAACACCUGGAAUGUAGAUUUCAUAUCUGCUCCUGAGCAGUUCCCACAUUUAGUUCCAGGCAGGCGGGUUAUGCAAAUAUGCAAUAUCAUCAUCAAGAACUCAUUACAUUAAUAUAUUUAAUAAUUUGGGGCAUUGUAUAGGUCACUCAGUAGAGCAGGUGCCUCACGAACUGAGGCUAUAGUGCCUUCUCUCUCUCUCUCUCUCUCUCUGUCUCUCUGUCUCUCUGUCUCUCUCCAGCUGUCCUAUCAAAAGUAAAGGCACAAAAAGCCCAGUGUGUGUAUACAUAUAUAUUUCAUAAUUUAAAGUAAACAGAUGUUGUAUAUGCUACAUCAGAAUACUGCUUAUUAUUUUUUAUUAUUGUUAAUAUUACUGUUCUUGUCAUGAGUAGUACUUUUCACUUAAGUAUUAUGAGUGCAUGAUAAAUCCCCUGAGGGAACUUUGGUCAGGUCUCAAGUCAGGUGGACUUUUCUCACUGAGGGGAAGUGACACUUCCUCUUCUCUACGCCUCCGUCACACAAAGUCACAUCAGGCUUAAUGUUGCUGCAGUUAAUAACGUAAACAGUGGACGGAAUGGGUGAUUUAGUUUUGCUGUUGAGCUCAGACAGUAAAACUGAUUAUUGUCCAAACUCACUCUUUUUUUCUGACUUGUAGGUGUUUGAACAGAAAUAAAACUGUAAAUAUUGUUUUCACCGAUCGUGUGGAUGGAAGGAAUUAUAACUAAAAAGCAUUAAAAAGCAAAGCUAGUGGUCAAAACAACAACAAAAACACAAAACACAAAACAAAACAAAAUGUUUAUUCGUUGUCUCUUUUUUCAUAAUGCUAACGUGAGAGAACUGUUAAUGCGGAUAAAGAAAUGUGAUGCAGUGUUGGCCAUUUUUGUAAGUCGUCUCAGAGGACACGAUGUGUGGACUUAUUGAUAACCUUAUCUUUGUGUUUGGCUGAUAAUGUUAGAGCUGAGGAUAUCAACGCCUCACAAUCGGUUCUUGUGCUUUAGUCAAAGGGAAGUGAACCAGAAAUAAAAAUAAAAAAGUUAAAAUUAAAGAUUAAAAAAAAAAAAACCUUUUUGAUAAGAAUUCUGAUCUGUUCUAAAAGAGGUUAGAUUACUGAGGCAGUACACACCCUGCUGAGCCUUUUUAAACCGUGAUAUCUGUAUUUUCACUUAAUCUCACUCAAAAGAAUUUUGUAGGCCAGGACGACUUCAGCACUUAU